AUGAUGACGCAGUCGUCAAACUCAAAUGGGCGGCAAAGCCAAAGCCGCACCGACCGUGUUGUCAGCAGGCACCGCAGGAAGCUCAUCCAAGCCAGAGUGAUGGUGGUCGAGUUCCUUGAGCAAAAUGGCUUCAAGCAGAUCGAUGUGAAUUGCAAGAAGACAAAUUCACUUGGCCUUUCUCGCACCUACCCACUCCAUGAAGCGACAAAGCAAAACAACCCGAUAAUGGUCUAUUGGCUUGUCUACCUUGGAGCAGACCCAAGUCAGAAGGACGCCGCAGGCAGGCACAACAGAAUCCUAAUGGCCAUCAUGCAGAAUCCAACAAAUGCUUUUUUGGAUGGACAUAAAUGGAACGGUUCAAGAUGUUCUCAGCACUUGGCAGCAAGACCUGCAAGUUCUUGA